AUGGGUUCUGUUGGUUGUGAUGGAGAAGAUGAGUUUCAGCUCAGUAACAGUGUUAGCAAGAAACGCAAAUUUCCUGGGAAGUUUCUUGACGAGUGUGGUGUAGUUCCUCGGAAGCUACGGUCAGCCAUAAAGAAGCGAGGGCAUGAAUCUAUCACUCCGCCUUUGCCAAUUUCGAGGAAGCUGAAUCAUGUGUCUAAUGGAGUUGAUUUAAGUAGAAAAUACAGUUCAAAGAAAUCCAAACUAAAGAUGAAACAGGAACAUGUCACCAAGGAUGAGGAAGAAGUGGCAGAGACCUUGUAUGCUUUGGCCAGUAUGGUCCCAGACACUACAAAAACUAAGAAUCUGGGAUUAGAUGGUGAAACUUCAGAACCAAAGUCUUCGCCUUUGCAGCGAGCAAAGGGUUCAGAACCUGUGCUCAAAGAUGUUGCAAUUUCAACACCUCGAGAAGCAUCUAAGAAAAUUAGCACAAGAGUCAUUGUGGAUGCUACCCUUUCUCCAUCAAAUUUGCCAGAGUCAACAGUACAAGUUGUCAAAUUCCACUCUUCAGGUGAUGCUAAACAACUGGACUUGCCAUUCAACGGGGAUUCAGCCACCACCGGUGCUUCUGGUGUUCAGUUGGAGCGAAGUCUGGUGCCUAUGCUAAAGAUGCCAACUCUUGAUGCUACUCCAAGCGGUGAAUUGCCAAUUACGCUAGAACAGGUUGGAAUCCAAAAUGGCACGCACCAUACUUUCACAGAGAACAAAAUUAACGAUAUAUCUUUAUGGCCUGGCUCAGAUCCAACAGGAUCUCUGAGUUCCCAGACACAAGGAUCCUGCCUACAAUCAACUACAAAACUUCCUGCUUGGUUUGGCCAGACAAAUUAUGCUGCUCAGCCUCGUUCCUGUGAAAAAAGUGUUACUGACGAAAAGUUGAUGAGCCAGGAUUCUCGAGUUCCUUUUGAGUCAAAGAAGUCAUGGAAGAAAUGGUCUGCCCAUGUUUACAUAGCUCGUCUCAUUAAGGCCUUGCAAAUAACAGAGAGAAAAGAUGGGUUACAGGAGAAGCCCACUCACUCAUCAGCGAAUGAAGGUUUGAAUUUAUGGCCUUGUGUGAGUGUCAACAGCCAAACAAAUCGAAGAAAUGGUUCAAACUGUGUGGCCUCUUUUAACAAUGUAGCGCAUUCUGCUGCUGAGAAGAAUUCAGCAGAAAUAAAACAGGCUAUUCUUUUGUAUAAGAGGCUCCUUCAAGGUCAGCAUCAUGGUCCUACAACACCUGGGUUAUGCACUUUGCAGAAACAGGAUUCUGAUUUCUUGUCAUUGGCUGUUGGAGAUUGUGAUGUGGAUUCCAGUGAUAGAAUCAACAGAACAGGUCACAGUCAUGAAGCUUUAAAACAAUUUCAUGUUCCAUACAUGCAGCCGCAAAAUCAAUCAGCCAUGCUUUUAUCACUGCCCCAUAAUGGUUAUUCCUCUACUUUUCCGGGUCGUCCUUCAACUGCAGCAGCACAGCAGAUACAGCUACCUCCAUACCUUAGCAGCACACUUGGCGGUCCUUCACAUGUAGAUGCCACAUUUCCUGGACGACAACAGUCGAAGUCCGAUGAGCAGCAGAAAUGGAUGGCAGAUAUUCCUACCCAAUACAUUCCUGGUUUCACUGCUCCUCAUUUGCCCGACUGGCAAAACGGAGGAAGAGACUCGAGUUCCCUGAUUAACUAUGACCAGGCCUUCUUCCCACAUUUCCGUUCUUCACUCGACUCAAAGUAUAAGGGAAUUUUGCCACCACAGCAGCAGCAGCAGAUUAUAGCCAGUGAUUCAUCCGUGCCUACUUCAAAUGUGAGAAGACAUUAUACUCUCCUACCUUCUGGCUUCAAAAGAAAUGGAGCUGCAUUUCACCCUGAAAGUUUACAGCAACUGCAAUUACUUUGCAAUCAGAACCUUUGA